AUGCAUGGUUCAAGCUCCUCAGCCUUAUCCCCGGCCAGCUUUCGCCUUGCCGAUGGCCUUGGGUACGCCCUGCAACAGAACCACCGGUCUGUCAUCCGCCUAAACUUGCAACACUUUCUCUGGCGGGAAGUGUUUGGCUUCCACAUCCAUCCCUCGGUUCAAUGCCCCCCUUCAGACAGUUCUACCGACCUCCCUUCUCAUCCUGCUAUUGCCGACAUUGCUACAGGCACUGCUUUGUGGUUGAUCGACGUAUCCCGCGACUUCCCCCACAGCCGGCUAGAUGGACUAGAUAUUGAUCUUACCCAAGCCCCUCACCCUGGAUGGCUACCCUCCAAUAUUACCCUGCGACGUUGGGAUCUAUUUGCGGACAUACCAGCGAGCCUUGAGCGGCAGUAUGAUCUCGUCCACGUCCGACUGCUUGUUUUGGUGCUCUCAGGCGUAGACCCAAUGCCUGUCAUCCGGCGGCUGUUCCAGUUAGUGAAACCUGGCGGCUACAUCCAGUGGGAUGAGUUGGACUGCGUGAAUAUGCAAAUCAAGAAGGUGAACCCGUCUGUGCAAGCGCCUGCGCUUGAGGAGAUCCGUGUUGCCUCCUAUGCCAAUGGGCGGCAUGAUUGGGUGUUGGACUUGCCGCGCCUGCUCAGCGAAGCAGGCUUCAAGGAUGCGAAACUAGACUACUACGAUGAAGGGCCGGAGUUGGUCCGGGCAUUCAACGACCAACAUUUGUUGACCAUGGAGGAGUUUGCGUCCAAGCUGCUGGGAAAUGGUCAGACUGAGGCAGCUGCAAGCUUUUUCAAACUCAUUCAGGCUGGGUACCAGGAGUGUGUCGACGGGGCUGCACUGUCCAUCCUCGGGUGGUGGUGGUGGCGAAGCGCCCGCUAG